CUCAAUAUCAGUCUUCGCCAACGCCAGAGAGCGGCGGUACAGAAACUGAUUCAAUCUUUAUUGUGAAUUUCUAGACGCAAGUACAUUUCCACCAUGUUCAGGGACACGUUUACUUUCACCCCCUCGACACUCCGGUCGUUGAGGUUACAGAGGGAGCUACAGGAUUUGGAGGAUGAAAGGAGAGCUUUGUACAGAUCUCCCAGAAACAGGCAAACUGCCGCUGUCAGUCAAAGUGUAUUCAGGGAAUCGAGAACGUUGUCACAGCUCUCCAGCGACUCUGCCGUCCACGACGCUUUGUGCAAUGGAGAUUUGGACAAGAUCCGAGUCAUCUUCAAGAGUAAAGAGGCGGUUAACGCGACUAUACAGACAGUCAGCCAUGAACUGAGCUGGUCCCCUGAGCUAGGUCUUUGGUCACUGAUCUCCAAACAGAAGCAGACAUCUGCACUUCAUAUUGCUGCAGAGCGAGGACAUACAGCUUGUGUGAAACACCUGUUGGGGCAUGGUGCUGAUGUAAAUGCUGCCCCUGGAGGAGCAACUGCCUUGCAUAUUGCCUGCGCCAAUGGCCACACUGAAUGCGCCCAGCUUUUGCUCAGUAUUGGUGCUAAUCCCAAUGCAAUCUCUGAAGACGGGUAUGCUCCUUUGCACCUGUGCACCAGUCCCGAGACCUUUCUAUGUGCUAAGCUCCUGUUGGAACAUAAUGCCAGAGUUAAUCUGCAGACCAAAGACAGAGAGAAUACACCACUUCAUAUAGCUGCAAAACAUGGUUUAGACAAACAUGUGGACCUUUACCUGAACUAUUGUGCUUACAGUCACAAGAAGAACCGAGAAGGCGAAACUGCACUAAAUGCUGCGUGCUCAUAUGCUGACAAGCCUGAGGCUUUUGGCAGAUAUUACAAAGUCUGUAAAAUGUUGAUUAAUUGGGGAGCCAAUGUGAAAACUGCUGGGAAAAAAAAUCACACACCACUCCACAAUGCAUGUGGGAAUGGGCACCCCGAUAUUGUCGAGCUUUUGUUAUUGCAUGGUGCCUCUGUAAAUGCCAAGAACAGUGCUGGCUACACCCCAAUGGACUGCAUUUUACAAGCAGUCGAAGAUUACUUGGAACAGCAUCCUGAACGAAUUGUUGUAGAUCUGUUGAACCAUGGUGCAGGUCCUGUUGACCCGAAGAUGCUUAAACAAUGUGCAGUGUCUCCGUGGACAAUGGAAGCUCUGUUAAAUACCUAUGAGGUUAUACCACUUUGUGACUCUUGGAUUGAGUCAGUACCCCUUGAUGUAUGGCAGAAACAUCAAGUUUUCUAUGAAUCCAUUAUACAAAUGAUCAACAAACCUCGUUCUCUUCAGCACCUUGCACGCUGUGCCUUAAGGAACUAUCUUGGAACUAGAUGCCAUUCAGUGAUACCACAACUACAGCUUCCAAAUAGCUCUGCAGAAUUUCUACUGUUGAAACUUGAAGGCUAUAUCAAGUGAAGAAGUUUAGAAUACUUUGUUACAUUUUCUAGUUUUUUCUGAAUGAGUCCUCCAGGUUACAUGCAACAACUAAAAUGUAUUUCUGUGCUUUACUUUGGAUUGUUUUUCACAAUCUGUCAAAUAUAUUAUGCUUAUUUAUUUGACAGUUUAACUAAUACGGGAAGCUUAACUAGUCAACUAUGGGAGAAAAAUGCCAAUUUUCAAUGUGUUGGCAAGAGCCCACAUACUACUCCCUUUUCUUCAGUCUGCCACUUAAGAGCAGCAGCUGUUGCCUAAUUAUAGUUGCAAAAAUAUUUAGCUUGCCAAUUUUUUUCUUCUGCUGAAAGCAUUGAGUCUUUCCCUUGCUGUGUUUCAGUAUCAUGGAUGCUAGUCAUCAUCUUGUACCUCACUCAAGUUUUUUUUAGUCAUUCAUGUGAUGUGGGCAAUACUGACAAAGUCAGCAUUUAAUACCAUUUCUGAAUGUCUUUGCAAAGACAGUAGUGAGGCGCUUUGAACAAUUGUGGUCCAUGUGGUGUUGAGGCAUGCAGUGUUGUUCCUAGAGAUGUCCAGAGUUUUGAGCCAGUGACAUUAACUGAACAGUAGUAUGUUUCUAAGUCAGGAUGUUACGUGAUUUGGGAGGUGAACUUUCAGGUGAAGGUGAUCCCACAUACCUGAUUAGACAUUUCACAGGAAUUUGAUACAACAGAAUGGCUUUCCAGGCCAUUUCUGCAGGCAAAGAGUCACUUACAUUGCUAUAGGUCUUAAGUCACAUGCAGGCCAGUUUGGGAAAAGAUGCCAGAUUUGCAUCCCGAAAGAACAGGAUUGAACCAGAUGUUUUUUGGAUAAUUUCAGGGUCACCAUUAUUGAUACCAGUUUUGUUAUUCCAGAUUUAGUUAAUUUUAUUUUUAAUUCUCCAGUUGCUAUGUUGUGAUUUGAACUCAUAUCUUCAGAUUGUUAAUCCGACUAGAGGGGAGGCCAAUUGGAUUUGGUGCUUGGUAACGAGCCAAGCCAGGUGUCAGAUCUCUCGGUGAUAGU